CAAAAAGGGGUUCCUAACUCAUUAUGUCAAAGUAAAGUUUAACACUGCCAUCUAGUGUCUGUCAGUGGUAAGCCUUCCCUUUAUAAUUUUUCCUUCAAAACUCUAACUUUUGCUUUGUUUUCUCUUUUUAAAACUUUCAUUUUUUUCUUCUUUUUUUAAAGCUUAAGCUUAUGAAUAUAAGGCCUACAAGUAUUGCAAUAAUUAUCUAUAACCACUAGAGGGCAGAAAUGCGUUAUUGAUAAGCACAGACGGCUUCUGUUGCCAUGGUAAUGACGCCGAACACAGCAAAAAAAAGGGCCGCACGCCCUUGUCAACUAUUUCCACCCAUUCCGCUCAGGGAGAUGAUAGCGAACUGACACCGCCACCCUCCGCUCUCAGCCAUCCGAAGCGAACCCCUCUCAGCAUCACCGAUAUGUCUCGACAGGUCUAGCUGGACUGGACCGAGCCGGUGGAGCUUCUUUAUGAAGCAAAAAUUGACAGCGCCCAUUGUUUGCUAAGCCACGACCGUGAGUCAUUAGCUUAAAAGGUUGCUGUUGUGGCUUCACCUCUAAAUCACCAUGGCAUCUGCAAAUGUCACACUGGAAAACCAGCUGCAGAGUGCACAGAAAAACCUGCUCUUCCUCCAGCAGGACCAUGCUAACACGCUGAAGGGGCUGCACGCAGAGAUCCGGAGGCUCCAGCAGCAGUGCACAGACCUGACCUACGAACUAACUGUGAGAAGCUCUGAUCCCUCAAACGACAGUGAGAUCAGAUGCCUUGAACUCCAAAGGAGAUGUGAGGAGCUCGAGGCGCAGCUCAAGAAGAAAGAGGAGGAGAACACGGAGCUACUCAGGGACCUUGAGCAAAAGAACGCCAUGAUUUCCGUCCUGGAAAACACCAUCAAGGAGAGGGAGAAGAAAUACUUGGAAGAGCUGAAGAUGAAGAGUCACAAGCUAGCCGUUCUGUCUGGAGAGCUGGAGCAGAGAGCGAGCACCAUCGCUUACCUCACCUCGCAGCUCCACGCCACCAAGAAAAAGCUUUUAGCAGGUAGCUCCUCUGAGGCCAGUCCUAAUGUGAGUCCUGUGUCCUCGUACAAGCCCACCCCUCCUCCUUCCAAAGACAGGCAGCCUGAAACCCCCCGUCGGCGCAUGAAGAAGAGCCUCUCCCAACCCCUCCACCCAGAGCUGACUGAAGUGUACCGCCUCGGCUCGGACGGCCGGCGAGUGGUUCUUCGGGAGACGGUCGACGCCAUGCCCGACCCCACGCCCUUCCUUCAGGCGGGGAGGGACUCUCCCGAACCGCAGGUGGUGCGCGAGCGGCCGGCUGUCAUCCCGCCCAUCGCCUCUGACCGCUCCCCCGUCCCCCCACUCGGUGCCUCAGCCAGUCCCCGCCACAGCCCGGCUCGGGACCGUCAGCACAGGGCUCAUGUGGGCGUGGCUCACCGCAUCCCACACGGCACUCCUCCCUUGGCCCCGAUGCACACAGAGCUGGAGACCCUGGCCGUGGACCAGGUCAGCGAGGAAAAGGUCGUGCGGAAGCGCUCCGGAGCCGACAGGACAGUCUGACACUGCAGAGCUGAAGUGCACACUGGAGGUGUGCUAACACAGUCCACGUCCAAACAGGGAGGAGCCUGACCCACUGUGUAGCCCGCUUUUCACUGCAAUAUAAUCAAAUGCAAAAUUAUUAUUUUGAUGUAUUCCAUAAGGAAUUUUUGUCUUUUUACAUUUGCAGUAAAAAAAGAGUUUCUGUAAAGCAUGCCAAAUCUUUCCUAUUUAUCGCCCACUGAGACUUAUCAAAAAUAUCCUUAUUUUUCUUUCUUACACCUUCUUUUGAUCAUUCUUAUAUAGUUAACACAACAGAUUAUCAGCCAAAUACCUGCAUCAGUGCCUGCUUAGCCAGUUCUGUCACAGAAGCUGUGAAACGUAGUCACGGUUAGUGUUUAUCUACACACUUUGAUCCAUCUUCUUCAAUCACAGGCUGGGCUUAUCGACAAGCUAUAUAACAAUCUGCAUAGAAUAGUACUACUCCCCAAAUGUCGUACUCUGUGAUACCUGUAUAAUCUCGCCCCUGUAGGUAAGAGCAUCAUGACGUACGUGCAGCAGAAAUUUGCCGGUUUGCAAAGGAUUUUUAUUUCUUUGUCGACCAAAAGAGCAAAGCAGCAGAGUGGACAUAUUUCCAUGUAAAGCACGACAGGACACACACGGAAUCAUUUUCAGUUUACACAAUGUUUCAUCGAUGCUAUUUGUGAUACAAGGGCAUUUCUAAAGCACUGCUGUGAUAGGACUUUGUGAUAUUAACUGUACUUUAUAAAUGCUAUCGAUUUAUAUGAUUUUAUUUCUUUUUUUUCAUUUAUGGUUGAAUAUCAAGCAAGAACAGGUAAUCACUGUAGUUUCUGCACCACCGAUUUCCAAUUUCUUAGUAGCCUGCUUUUCACAAUAAGAGCACUUGUCAUUAAAAUAUAAAAAUUAAUAUAAUAAAGCAUUGCUAUUUGGGUUUGGUUA